AUGGCGCUCCGUCGAGCAGCUCAGCGCUUGCAGGGCGUCGCCGCGUCCCUAACGCGGCGCGAGAUGGGUCUCGACGCGACCCGCAUCGCCGUCGCCUCGUCGCUGCGCGGCGUACCGCACCGCGAGUCCCCCGCUCCGCGUGCGCAUCAGCGUCGCGGGAUGUCGCACCGCCCGGAGGACACCGUGUACGGGGGCCCUCGCCCCUCCGAGCCGCGCAUGACGCUCAAGCGUCUCCGCGCCAAGUACGACGCGGGCGAGCGCAUCUCCGUCGUCACCGCGUACGAUUACCCGAGCGCGGUACACGUCGACAUGGCGGGCAUCGAUGUCGCGCUCGUCGGGGACUCCGCCGCGAUGGUCGUCCACGGCCACGACACAACCUUACCCAUAACCCUCGACGAGAUGCUCAGCCACUGCAAGGCGGUGUCGCGCGGCGCGACCCGCCCGUUGCUCGUGGGCGACCUGCCGUUCGGGUCGUACGAGCAGUCGUCCGCGCAGGCCAUCGACGCGGCGACGCGGAUGCUGAAGGAGGGGGGCAUGGACGCGGUCAAGCUGGAAGGGGGUUCCCCGUCGCGGGUGCAAACCGCAAAGGCGCUCGUGGACUCGGGCAUCGCGGUGAUGGGCCACGUGGGACUCACCCCGCAGUCCAUCUCGGUCCUCGGCGGGUUCAGGCCCCAGGGACGGAGCUUCGAGACGGCGGCGCAGGUGGUGGAACGGGCGAUGGAGCUCGAGCGAGCGGGAUGCUUCGCCAUCGUCAUCGAGUGCGUGCCGAGGACGGUGGCGGCGGCGGUGACAGCCGCGGUGAGCGUCCCCACCAUCGGCAUCGGCGCCGGGGACGCCACGAGCGGGCAGGUGCUGGUGUACCACGACCUGUUGGGUUUCAUGCAGCACCCGCACCACGCCAAGGUGACGCCGAAGUUUUGCAAGCAGUACGCCAACGUGGGCGAGGUCAUCACGGGCGCGCUCGAGCGGUUCAAGACGGAGGUUGAGGGCGGCGAGUUCCCGGGGAUGAGCUACUCGCCGUACAGGGUCAGCGACGAGGACUCCAACCGUCUGGUGAGGUUGCUCGAGCAGAAGGGUCUGGAUGCGGCCGCGGAGGCUGUGCUCGAUCUGCGCUACCGCGAGGAUGGGGGCAAGUGA